AUGAGGUUGCCGGACAUCCUUUCCGCCUUAACCUUAAACGCCAUUCUUGCCUUGUUCUCUAUGAUAAUGGCCAUCUUUGCCUUAGGACUUCUCGCCUUUGUACUAGCCAAGGAAAAUCAGACAGCUCGUGCUGAAUCUGCUCGAUUCCAUCCACGCGAUAAGAUUCGUCGACAUGAGAGUACAGUCGUUGAUUUCAGCAAACCAAAUACUGUUCCUGAUCAUUUUCUUCAAUUGAACACUCUUAUGUUCCAAAAAAAACCCAAAAAUAAUCAGAUUAAACAAAUGUCUGUUCCAAUUUCAAUGGAAGGAAUGACCAAAAUGAAUUCGGAAGAAGACAAUUUCCAAAAUAGGGCUUUACCUCCAUUGCCUACUGAAAUUUCGAGAAAUCAAGUUGAAGCUGAUCGUCGCAGAGUUAGACGAUCAGAAUCAUCAUCAGAUGAGGAACAAAUGACCUCCACAACAACGAUAGAUUCCGAUAAUAUUUCAACGGAAAAUUCUUCAAUACAUACAGAGGAUGAAUGGAUGGAAGAAAAAUCGACCAUUGAACCAAUUGCUAACAAAAUCAUUUUGGACUUGGAAUGUGGUUCAGAAGUAUCGUUAUGCUAA